AGACAGAGCCACCAAUCAUCUCUCUUCUCUCUCUCUUAAAACCUUCAUCACAUUAAAACACCCUGAUUUGUCAUUCAUUGUUUUUUUUUCUGUGAAGCCGCUCGCUCUCUUAUUACACAGCCUCGUAUGAAAUGCUCAAUCACAUUUUCCACCUUGUUCAAGAUUCUUGUCUUGAAACACUUUAUUAACUGAUUCAAUUUCCCAGUGAGUUUUAGCAUCUGGGAUUUGAGAUUUAAUCCAGAAUUCCCAUUCUUGAAGAGCGAGCGGCCAAACAAAAACAGAGCAUUCAUCCAUACACUCUAUAUGGAUCCAUGUUCAUCUAAGAGUAAAGGAAAAUCAAAGAAGGUGAUUGGAAAAGAGAGCGCCAUGGAUUGGGAGAGAGACGAAGCUUAUAAUCUGGAGGGAGAAAAAUAUUGCCCUGCUUUCGACCAAGCUUCCUUUUCAAACCGCCCUUUCAAGAAAGUCCGAAGCCCCGACCGCCCCCACAACUCUUCAUCAUCAUCAUCAUCAUCUACUUCGCCGCCGCUUCUACCGGCAAUGACGUUUCCGCCUCCCCAUUUCCCCUUCUCGCUGGAGAAUCAACCGCCGCCGGAGAACUCUCCGGCCCCAUUGUUCCGGCCGCAGCAGCAGAUGAUCUCAUUCACGCCGCACCACCAGCAAAACACGGCGUUCCCGCCUUAUUUUGCUGGGGAGGCGGCGUCUAUGCAGCAGCAUCAGAUGCUGCUGCAGUACUGGAGCGACUCCCUCAAUUUGAGCCCGAGACGGCGCAUGAUGAUGAUGAGCCGCCUCGGGCAGCACGGGAGUGCUGCCCUCUUCCGCCCUCCCGCGAUGCCCCUGUCCGCGACGAAGCUCUACCGGGGCGUGCGGCAGCGCCACUGGGGGAAGUGGGUUGCAGAGAUCCGCCUCCCCCGCAACCGCACGCGCCUCUGGCUCGGCACAUUCGACACGGCCGAGGAAGCCGCCCUCGCCUACGACCGCGAAGCGUUCAAGCUCCGCGGCGAGAACGCGAGGCUCAACUUUCCCGACCUUUUCAUCGGGAAAGCGGCGGCGCCUCAGCCGAUAGCGACGGACAAAGAGGAAAAUGCAUCAUCUUCUUCAUCCGUUGCUCCUCGGUCACUGCCAGUGCCAGCGGCUGCAGCACCGGCAGUGACAAAUGAAGAGGAGGAGGAGCCACCGCCUUCCGUUGAGGAAGCGGAGGACGGAGACAAUGCCGGUAGCGCGUCGCAGUCGUCGGAGCUGGUGUGGGGGGGCAUGGCGGAAGAGGAGUGGUACGAGUCGAUUCCGGCGGGGUGGGGCCCGGGAAGCGCGGUGUGGGACAAUUUGGAUUCGAAUAAUAAUUUGAUGCUUCCUCCAAAUCUUGUUCCAUUUGAGAAACAAGACACUGAUGCACACAAACAAGACAACAGAGAUUCAUCAUCUUCUUCUGCUGUCAGACCCUUCUUCUGGAAAUAACUCUCUCUAUCUCUUAAGAAAAGGAGAAACAUCUUUUUAGUCAUCUCCUCGUUAGUUCUAACUCUCAUCAGAUGCAGAGGGCUGCGUAUUAGAGGCCAAUUUGCAUGGGAAUGUGAGUGUGUGUGAUUUAGUUUUAGAUUUAGUUUUAGUUUUAGUUUUAUUUGAAGUUUGUAAAUUAGGAGACUUUUUUUGUGAUCUCCUCUAUUAGUGAUUUUAUCAUCCAUCAUUGUUUCAUUAGAUCUGUUUUUACCAUGAUCUAAGGAAGCUGGAAAUUAAUCAGUAGUUAAUUUUUGUAAAAUUCAUGAUUAUUGUUGGCAUGCCACUUUUGCUUA